AUUUCAUGUAAAUAAUUGAAACAGAUUUAUUUUGAAAUUAAGGGAUAUAUUGACAGUGUGCAUUACUCAAUGUAGUUGAUAAAAGGAGGAAGUUUAAUGUCAAUUACUCGACACGCAGUUUUUAUUCGCAUUAUUUAUAAUGCUGAUAUCUAUUACAGAUAAUUAACCUUAAACAAAAAAGAGAUUAAAAGAUAUCGGAAAGUGUUAUAUACGAAAUACACAACUGUUUAGUCGAUAUCAUUCAUUUACGCGUUCUAGUUUUUCAUUUUAUAUGAGAAGGAAAAACAUGUAACUAUUUAAGCAAAUUUACACAAGGCGAAUUACAGAAGCUUUAAGUGUAUUUGAUCAAGCAAAAAUAUCUUAAAUAAAAAACACUUUCAGUGUUUUCAUAUGGUGUGAUUUACACAGUAGUCAUGCAAUGUGGAGAUUUCUAUGAGGCUAAAGUAUGCUAAUUUGUUAACAAAACUUAUUAGAACCAGGAUAAUGCUGUGGGCAUCGGAGUUACAGACACGAUGAAGGAGUUCAGUGUAUUGUUCACGUCUGUUCUACCAGUCCUCAUUGUUUUAGAGUUCUGGGUAAAAAAUUCUAAUGGCAGCACAACGUCUCUUAAAGUAUCGUUUUUAGCCUCAACAAGUGGAAUUAAAGGAAAAUCGAAAUACUUCGCGGGUGCAUUUUUUACAGCUUUGGAUUAUAUCAACAACAAUAAGUCGAUAUUACAAGGGCAUCGCUUGGAUUAUUUGUUUAACGACACGCGCGCGAACUCUAUUGACGCAAUCAACAUUAUGACGUCACAACUGGGAAAUGACACAAUUGGAUUUAUCGGCCCUGAUGAAAUGUGUCAGUGUGAGGCUACUGUGGCAGCCGCAUGGAACCUACCCAUGAUUGGAUAUAAAUGCCACGAUUCAAAAACAGGCGAUCCAGACGAAUCUCUGACAAGACGAACGUUUGCGAGAACUCAACCAUCAACUGCCAAAGUUUCCAAAUCAAUCAUAUCCAUUCUUCAAUAUUACGAAUGGAAACGACUGACGCUAGUGGUUGGUGCAAGCUCUAUAUGGAACGAGACUGCAGAGAGCCUCAUGGACCUGAUGAAGGACAACAAUAUCCUCUUGCAUAGGGUUCUGUACUUCCGAGAGCCUUACACACCAGAUUCAGAGAUGUACAGAAUCGUAGACACGUCGCACAAAGAAACAAGAAUAUACGUAUUCCUGGGCGACCACCAUGGUUUGAUAGACUUCAGUCGUCUCCUUAAAGCAUUUCUAGAGGACCGAAUCUCUGAGUAUGUGGUUAUUGCUGUAGAUGAGAGAUUGUACACUGAGGAUCCAGUCUCGUACUUGCUGAAAACCCCGUUUGAGACGGACCUGACCCCUUUCAACAUCAAGCCGUUUGAGACCGUCCUUCUCCUUGUGCCGAGACCGCCCCUCAACACCCAAUGGGAGGAGUUUCUAAAUGACGUCAGACAACGUAACUCAGAACCACCAAUUAACGGGCUCAAAGGAUCAUACAAAGGUUUUUCGAUUCAGGUUCCAAUUUACGCCGCCUAUCUGUAUGAUGCAGUGCACACAUAUGCUCUGGCACUGCACCAACACUUACAAGAGGGUGGUGAUGUAAGGAAUGGAACAGCGAUAGUGUCCAAUAUUCGCAAUAAAACCUACACUAGUAUCCUUGGCUACGAGGUGUACGUGGACAGACAGGGUGACGCCGAGGGAAACUACACGUUAUUGACGUUCAACGUUCAUGGGCAAAAGGGAAAUGUGGAACUCCAGCCGGCUGGGAACUUCAGAAUGACACAAGGAGGAGUUGGCAUUCCGGAACUGAAUUUGUUCCGGGAGAUAAAGUGGAAGAACGGUGAACAUCCUCUGGACGAACCACGGUGUGGCUUCAAGGGCGAGAAAUGCAUUCAGGAGUCGGUUACCCUGCAAAUUGUUUUGCUCUGUAUUGGCGUUGUAACUCUGUGUGGGAUAAUUGGGGUGUUUCUGCUCAGACAUUACCUGUACGAGCAAAAGCUGGCCAAACUACUUUGGAAAGUGGAUUUCAAGGAUAUUGCUCCUCUUGUCGACUCGCCGGACGAUGCUUUCAUGCCACCGAUUUUGAAAAAGCAUAAGCGGUCAAAAGGUCAUCCCUUCAAGAACAUAUUUUCCUUCGAGAACGAGUCAGAAAAGACGAAUCUCCUUGCGGAAUCCAAACACGAGCGCUCUACCGGCAGUGACACCUUUAAGAAAUGCCUCGUGGGAACGUAUAGGGGCACUGUUGUGUCUAUCAAACACGUCACAAAAAAGAACGUGGAAAUAGACCGUGACCUGAAGAAGCAACUACAAUUACGAAAGGAGCUCAACCAUGACAAUAUAGCACGAUUCAUUGGCGCAUGCGUGGAGACGCCACAUGUAUACAUUCUAACACAGUUCUGUCAGAGAGGGAGCCUCCAAGAUAUACUUCUGAAUGAAGACUUUAGCCUGGAUGAAAUGUUCAUAUCCUCCCUGGUUUCCGAUUUAAUAAAGGCUAUGGUCUUUAUUCACGAAAGUGAAAUAAGUUUCCAUGGUAAUCUAAAAUCCAGCAACUGUCUGGUCGAUUCCCGCUGGGUGCUCAUGGUGUCUGAUUUUGGACUUCACAAACUGGUCAAUGAACGAUCUGGCAGUGGCACAGACCUCAACAAAUAUUUUCAAAAACUGCUAUGGCGAGCUCCGGAACUUCUGGGCAGCUCCAGCAGGGACACAGUGGGUUCACAGAAGGGAGAUGUAUACGCUUUCGCAUUUAUACUGUAUGAGAUGCUAGGACGGAAGGGACCUUGGGGAGAUUGUGAAAUUUCUAACAAAGAGAUCAUUGAGAUGUUGAAAACUGAUAAUCCCUCCUUUCGCCCUGACGUAUCAGCGUUGCCGUGUGAAAGUAACGUUAUUGAAUGUAUAAAGGACUGCUGGACCACGGAUCCUGACCAGAGACCUCACUUGAAGGACAUCAAAGGAAGACUGAAAAAUAUGCUUCAGGGAGUCAAAUCAAAUAUAUUUGACAACAUGCUGGAUAUGAUGGAGAAGUAUGCCAAUAACCUGGAAAGUCUUGUCGCUGAAAGGACUGAGCUACUCUCCGAGGAGAAGAAAAUGACAGAGAACCUUCUUCUGAGAAUGCUCCCGAGAUUCGUUGCGGAGAAAUUAAAGAAAGGUGAACCAGUAGCGCCCGAGAUGUACGAUUCUGUGUCCAUCUAUUUCUCGGACAUUGUUGGCUUUACCUCUUUGUCAGCGGAGAGCACUCCGAUGGAGGUUGUGUGUAUGCUGAACGACCUGUACACCUGCUUCGAUGCAACUGUCGAGAAUUAUGAUGUAUACAAGAUAGAGACAAUAGGGGACGCGUACUUUGUGGUCAGCGGGCUGCCUUUACGAAACGAGGAUCUUCACGCUGGGGAAAUUGCUUCAAUGUCACUGCAUAUGCUCAGAGAAAUCAAAAACUUUAAAAUAAGGCACCGUCCCAAUGACACAUUAAAGCUUCGGAUCGGCAUCCACUCAGGACCAUGUGUCGCGGGUGUGGUGGGGCUGAAAAUGCCACGAUACACGCUAUUCGGUGAUACGGUCAACACAGCGUCUAGAAUGGAAUCAACCGGUGUUCCUUUGAAAAUUCACUGCAGCGAAACAAUCACAGCCCUACUGCAAAAACUAGGCGGGUACCAUUUAAUAGAGAGAGGUGUCAUCACUGCUAAGGGCAAAGGCGAGAUGUUGACCUACUUCCUGGACGGUGAGAAUGCGACUCAUCGUGAACGCAGAAUCUCUCAUUCCAAAUUCUCACGUACAAAUUCCCAAAAUGUGGACAGAAACUCUAAUGGUGACAUUUUUGGCUCACAUAUUAUUCACCCCAAGUAUUGGCCAAAUGCCUCCGGAAAUUCAACCAGUGAUUUGUAUCUAUCCCCCGUCCAAUCAAGUUGUGAUAGCGACAGUGUCAGAGAGAACAUCACCAGUGAAGAAAAAAUCAGUGAUAUGUUUGAAGAAGUGUUUGAUUCAAGACUUCACACGGACCAAAAGGGUAUGCAGAUAAGCGGGUCCACAAAACAUCCCCGUGCAUUAAAUUCCACGUACGGGUCCAACAAUCCUUUUCAACUGACGAAUUGCAGACAAACUGUUCAGCUAGAGAGACCUUAUUCUGUGUCUGAGUUACCAAGAAACGGAGCUGAGGUAUUUGAAAACGUCCCUAUGAAACCCCAAAUCCAAAGAAACAUGUCUGUUCCAAAUCAUACAAUGCAAGCUGAGGAAAGUGUAUGAAACUGUGAAGUCAUUUUGGCAAAAAGUGCUUAAAAUACAUUUUUAAGCCAUAACGUUUUUAUGUCAGGACCAAGUUUCUCAUUAAUUAAAAGUCUGUUUAACAGCAGGAGAAUAAUUCUCUAUUUGGAUUCGAAACCGUUGUUCCUGUUCACAGGACCAAACUAAUAUGAAAACAUACUUAGCUGCAAAGGAAGGCAAACAAUUGAGCAACUAGACCCUACUUAGAACAAGCUUCUUUCAGUGGUAGUUUUAAAUGCUUACAGCUUAUCAAAUUUUACAGGUUUUCAAUGGGUCAUUUGUUCAUAAUUUUGUUUAAGUUAACAACGCUGUUCACGUCAUCGUUGUUAACUUUCAAAUCAUUACUGCUCUGGACGUGUCAUGGAUACACUUGUGAUCUGCAAGAUUUCUAAUACGAUUGGAGUCAACUGUUUCAGUCAUAAUUGUUUAUAUUUUAAUUUGAGAGUACAUCAGCUAAUAGUUCCCGUUUAAUAAUCACGUUGUUAACUUUAAAACAGUUCUGAAAAAUCGUCUCAAAGUUUACCCUGUCGUUCAAAAGUGCACACCGUUUUUAUAAGUGAACAUCUGAGAUUAUUAUUUAACAACAUUUAAAUUGAGGUUUCACUCUUCUUGAAUGUUUUUCUAAUGUUUUCACGCAUGUGAUACCCGAUGUAAAUAUAUGGAUAUCUUUGUUAAAUAUUUCAUACAUUUAUUUAUUAGUUUUCAUAUACAUUUCAUUUUUUAUGAAUUAUUGUCCAUGCAUUUUACAUGUCAGUAUGUUGGUGUUUAUGUUAGCAUGUAGUUUAAUAAAGCGGAUACAAUCAUUGGGUACGCAUCGUGCAUAUCAUUUAUACAGUACGUAUUUCUUACUUUUUGAUAUAUUAAACUGUAUGAUAAUAUCCAUCACAUUCAAAUUUGGUUAUUUUAUUGCAAAAUUAGACAGUUAUUGGCAAACUCAAGAAAUUCUCACUUUUAUUUAUUUUUUCCAACAUUUUACCCCCAAAAUCACAUUUUGCACCAUGUGAUUGUUUUAUAAUUUUAGUAUGUUAAAUGUGAUGCCUGAUUUGACACAAAUCCACCAAAAUAAUUAUGUGCAUUUUUCCCCAAUGUUUUUAUUUUUCCUGAACUAUUACUGUCAAUAAGGGAUCUUUAAAAACUGCAAUUAUCUUCCAAAGCUUUUUCGAAACAUUUCUGUGUUAAUAUGUUCAAAUGUUGAAUUUCCUUUUGUUUUUGAAUUGUUUAUUUUGCUAACUCAUAAAGGAGUCAACAUUAUUUUUAAACCUUUUUUUCCAUUGUUUGCAAUAAAUUGAGUUUUUAAAAAAAAAAACACCUUCAUCUCUACGCCUCUAUAUGUGUGCGUAAAACAGAUAAGCCGAACCCUGUUGGCUCGAAAUCGUUUGGCUCGAAUUCCUCAUUGGUUCGAACUGAAUGUUAAGGACCGAUUUCCUUAUACUGGCCCCAAUUUCUCGAAACUUCUUAAGCUUAACAGGCUUAAGUUGCUUAUUUCAAUUAGCCAAAAUACAUACUGAAAAUGGAUUUUGAUAAAUGAAAAAUGGUUUAUUCUGAUAAUCAUACAGAUUAUUCCUACAUAAUUUCUAAAAAUUCUUGAAGAAGAAAAUAUAACACAUUUUAUAGAACAACAAAAAUACUGAGAUUAGCUUAAUCCUGUUAUAAGGGACUUAAGAAGUUUCGAGAAAUUCGGGCCCGAACGUAAGAAUUCCCGCUUUACUCGAAUUUUCCGAGGCUCCACGCCGGUCCCGUGGAUUUCGAGCUAACGGGGUUCAACUACAUAUAUUGUACUGAACACUGCUUCUACAAUCAUGUGUGUUAUGGGGUUGUAAAAGAUGUUUUUUAAGAAAUUAAUUGACACAGGCUUUAACAGAAUCAGAUUCAAAUUUGGGUAAUAUUGACCAGGGGCCAUGAUUGCGAACAUUCUCGAGUUCAGAUUCUCAAGUGGCCAAACUGUAAACCUUCAUUUCAUUGUAACGUUCUUCUUGUUGAGUAUCGAGAAAGAACAUUGCUGAAUUGCAUUGAUAUUUGAAAUUGUACAGUUAUUUGCAUUUACUUUCGUAAAAUGAAUGGAAUUAAGAAAACACUUUUCUUAGCCUGAGUCUAAAUCCCGACUUGAGACUGGUCGUAAUAACUGGUCCAUGUGGCUGAAACAAACUUUCAGGGUCCGUAUCCAAUAAGCAUCUUAGUGAAGAUUUUCAACUUAGUGAGAUUUUCGUAAUUUUUGACAUAGCGUAUUUUAAAUACCCGCUACUUUUCAUCAGAAUUAUUCAUAUGCAUAUAUUGUUCAGACCAUUUCCUUGCUUAUUUUCAUAUUUUUGUUGUACAAACAUUGACCGUUUUCUUAAUAUUCAAUUUAGAAAAAAGGCUAUUUUUCACUAAGUUGAUUUUGUUUUACUAAGAUGCUUAUUGAAUACGGCCCCAGAGCUUUCGUUAAGCUAUAUUUCUCAUUACUAAGAACAUUUAUGUAAGAACAACGAUAAACUGUGGCUUUUAUUUAGAUAUUCUGACUCAGAGGCAGAUAUCUGUCGCGGGGG